CCUCUUUUCAAAGAAACGCCCAUGCCAUUUGAAAGUAUGUGACAGAAUUUUGGAAGACAUACUUGAAUGUCAUGGGUCCACGCCACCCACUCCAAACUGGAAAAUACAGAUACUCAGAAAUGGUGUACAGAUCCAUGGGAGAUUGCCAAAUGUUUCAUCAAUGCACCGGGAUAUUCAGACAAGUCAAAGGCAGCUGAUAUUGACACUCCGGGGUUGCUUCAUCUUUUUAUCAACAACACCAGUCUUCAAUCGCACUUGUCAGACAGCAUUAAUGGGAGUAACACCUUCAGAAAGGUUCUACAAGGAAGAAACGAAUUGGUCCAUUCAUCGACAAUGGAGCUGGAAGACAGAAAACUGGAUGAAUGUAUAGACAACAUCAUAGCAAUUCUUGAGGAUGAGAAAGAAUUGAAAGCAAGAAGCGAUGCUCAACAGGCUGUUUUCAAGCUCAGACAGUUAAAGCAGGAAAGCUUUAUCAUUACUACACACAACGAGAUUGAAGUGUGUAGAGAUGCAUUAGCCUCCGUUAUAAACAAGACAGGGGAACUAAACCAAACAAUUCGAGACGCUAAAGAUGACAUUGAUAAGAAACAAAAAGAAGCUACAGAUGCUUUGGAGGACGCAACAAAAUACAUUAGUGAAAAACAAACAGAAAUUACCAACGCUAUUCAAGGAGCAAAAGAUGACAUUCAUAAGAAACAAACAGAGGCUGUAGAAGGUAUAAUACCUUAA